AUGAAAGCCCUCUCCUACAAUAUUAGAGGUCUGGGGAGUCAAGCAAAACAGAGAGACGUUGGAGAUCUAAUUAGAAGGGAGAAGAUCGAUCUUUGCUUCAUUCAGGAAACUAAACUUGAGUCUUUCUCUUUAUCUCUGUGUAACUCGUGGUGGGGUGCUGACAAGUGCGAGGCGACUUUCAGGAAUUCGACAGGUCGGUCCGGUGGCAUUCUUAGUAUCUGGAACAAGGAAAGGUUUGCAGCUUCAAGCUGGUGGGAUUUUCCGGGAGGGGUCGCUGUGAAUGGACAAUGGGUGACAGGUAAUAUCCCUUGUUGUUUUGUUAAUAUUUACGCACCAAUGACUGUAUCUGAGAAGGCAAAUUUGUGGGGUGUGAUUAGUAUGAUUGGGGAACACAACUGUGACCUUUGUGUGUGUAUCCUGGGAGACUUCAAUGCCAUUAGAAAACAGAAUGAGAGGGUGGGGAGAGGGGACUCCUUUUGUGCUACGGAUACCCGAAAUUUUGACAUGUUUAUUAGAAGGUGUGAUUUAACGGAGAUCCGCUUACAGGGCCGCAAAUUUACUUGGUAUAAACCUAAUGGUGAGCGUGAAAGCAAGCUGGACAGGUUUUUUGUUAACUCUCGAUGGCUGUCGGAAUGGCCAUCUUCACAUGGACAAGGGCUUCAAAGAAUGAUCUAUGAUCAUUGUCCUAUUUUGCUCUCGACAAAAAAUGUGGAUUGGGGACCCAAAUCAUUCCGUUUCAUUAAUGCGUGGACCUCACAUCCUGAGUUCUUGAAGCUGGUUGAAAAAGUUUGGAGAGAAGGAUCGUUCACAUGUUGGAGCUGUUAUAUAUUCAAAGAAAAACUCAAGAAGCUAAAGGUUGCAUUGAAAGAAUGGAACAGGGUCUCCUUUGGAAACAUUGACCACGCCAUUAUUUCUCUUAAAGAUGAAUUACAAGCCCUUGAUGCCCUGGAUGAUACAUUCGGUUUGGAGGAUUCGGAAAUCAUCAAGAGGAACGAGAUUCAAGCAAACAUUUUUGUCCAGUAA